CAACAAACACAAGUCACCGAGACGCUUUCCUCCCCCUGGUUCCUUCUCUUCCCAUUUCCCCCAAGGAAUCCCCACCUCCCAAGAACGCCCCCCCAAUUCCUUCCUUGCCGUGGCCGCGGAUCGACCCAGCCGGCGAUGAUCGCUCCGUCGUUCACCGGGCCUGCGCAACUGCGCGUGCUUUCUUGCCUGAUCGGUUAGAGGGCUGGAGCCGGAGCCGGAGCUGAGGCGGCAGGCAAUGCCGGAGUCUCCGUCGAGGCAGCGGUUCCUCGGCCUCCGGGGCGCCCGGUGGCGCGCCGAUCUCGGCGUGCUCCCGGGCUUCGCCUCCGUGUCCACAGAGGAGUUCCGCCGGGCGGCCGCGGACUCCCGCCGGAGAUAUGCAAAUUUACGGCGGAGGUUGUUAAUAGAUCCCCAUCUUUCAAAGGAUGAAGAAAAUGCUCCUGACCUUGUUGUGGAGAAUCCACUGUCACAGAACCCAGAAAGCACUUGGGGCCAAUAUUUCAGAAAUGCAGAACUAGAGAAAAUGUUAAACCAAGAUCUGUCCCGGCUAUAUCCUGAAUUGGGGAAUUUCUUCCAAACAAGCACAUGUCAAUCCAUGCUUGGGCGUAUAUUGUUAGUUUGGAGCCUUAGAUACCCAGAGUUUGGUUACAAACAAGGAAUGCAUGAGCUCUUGGCCCCUCUUCUCUAUGUCCUCCACUCUGAUGUGCACUACUUCAAACAAGUCAGGGAGUUUCAUGAAGAGCUUUUGGGUGAUGAUUUUGAUGGCCAAACAUUUCCUGAUAGGAUAAAACUGAACAGGAGUGACAGGCCACACACGAUUGAGGGUAGUACAGCUAAAAUAAGAAGUUUGGAGGAUCUUGAUCCUAACACGAGGGACCUUUUCUUGAUUAAUGAUGCAUAUGGAGCAGAGGGGGAACUGGGAAUUAUUUUGUCAGAAAAGUUUAUGGAGCAUGAUGCUUAUUGUAUGUUUGAGAAUUUGAUGCAUGGUUUGAUGAAUGGUGUACAAGGUGUGGUUGCUAUUACUGACUUCUAUUCUCUCAGUCCUGCGCCGGAAUCAAGCACAGGUUUAACACCUGUAAGGGAGGCAUCAUGUGCAAUAUAUCACUUGCUUGCUAGUGUGGAUUCCUCUCUUCACAGUCAUUUGGUGGAGUUGGGAGUAGAGCCCCAGUAUUUUGGGCUACGAUGGCUGAGAGUUCUAUUCGGUCGUGAAUUUUCACUUGACAAUCUUCUGUUUAUUUGGGAUGAGAUCUUCUCUUGUCCUAACCAUUCAUAUUGUGCAGACAUAAAGAAUCAAGCAGACUAUCAGUUUAAGAUUUUAUGCUCACCUCGUGGUGCCCUGAUUUUGUCAAUGGCAGUCGCAAUGAUGCUCCACCUUAGAUCUUCCUUGCUAGGAAGUGAACAUGCAACUUCAUGCCUAGUGAGAUUGUUAAAUUUUCCUGAAGACAUUGACUUAAAAAGCUUGAUUAAUAAAGCCAAGUUGUUGCAACCUUUUGCUCUAGAAGCAAAUUUUCCUUCAUCUCCUCUGAGAGGAAAAUCUCCCUUGACCCCACCCAACUACUGGGAAGAGACAUGGAAGAUACUCCAGAUGUCAGGAGAGAAAAGAAGUGGUGGUCCAAUUAAUAGGAUAAAGGGAAGAGGCUUGUUCAGAAGAGGUUCAUCCAACACUGAGUCAAAUGUUUCCAGAACCAAGGAUGAUAAUUUUGAAGAUAGCAAUUUGACUUCCACUACUGCUGAUGAACAUCAUAGCUCUGGUACAGUUCCAGUAAAUUUGACAAGUACACUGUACACGCCUAUAGGAGAGCAAACAAGUCAUAUUGAUCAAUGUACUGCAGAGAAUAUCAGGGGCACCUCAAACAAUGUAGGGGAGGCAGGACUGCAUGAAGGUUAUUGCUCCAGUUCUGUUGAUAUAAGAGAUCCUCUUGGAGUUGCAUCUGGGAAUUUAUCAAGAGACAGCAGUACAACAUUAUCAUGUGGUACUGAUAAUGACCAUGAAACUCAUCAUGCAGAUGAGCCAUGUGCUUACCAUGAUGAUAAGGUGGUUAGCGAGCCUGACCCACUCGCUGUGCAUAACGAUAAGAUUGAUGAAGUGACAAUCGCAGCCAUUCAAACAUGUGCAUUGGUGGAUUAUCAGCAAUCACAACAGAAUAAACUAUGUUUGGUUAAUGGAAAAUCAGAGAGAAAAGAUCAACAGAAUUUCUCUGUGCGUGGAGGUGGUCACAAAGAAACAUUUCAACUAGGUUCAAGUUCAAAUGUGGCUGACAAAGAGUUAAUUGAAACAUUAAGGUCACUUGGGGAAUCUAUGGUUGAAAACAUUGAGGUUAUUGACUUGUUGUUUCAACCAUCACUACACUCGACCUCGCUGGAUAAAUCACAGGAAAUUGUUCUUGGUAACAUAGAUCAAGCUAAAGCAAAGGCAGCUCUAGAAGGACUCCAGAAGAUUAGUGAUCUUUUACGUCGAAUCUAACAUGAGCUAUAUUUGUGGAAACUUAGAGGAGUAGCUCUAAAUAUUUGUUCCAUACUUUCCUGAUAGGUUUUCAUAAAUUUUUCACACAAGUUUCAACUUGAUAAUGGAAUUAUCACAAUGGAUAAAUGGUCCGGUUGCUUUGUAGAUAUUUUGUAUAUGCUCCAUGUAAGCUGAUAAAAUAAUAACUGUAUAUUUGAGCAGCUGGCUGAUUGUAAAGUGAUUCUGGCCUUCCGAUUUUA